UCCCUGUUGCAUAGGCUUGGGGGCAAGCCUCAUCGCAAGAAGGAGGGGGUGUCAAGGCCACUGUCAGCGCUGCAGCCACACCAGGCAAGGAACGGGCCUCGCCACCAGCUCGGCCCAUCAGGCAGAAGCGGCCCAACAGCAAGGUCAGCGGACCAGAGUGGGUGUGACACCGCACCAACUACUUAAGGCGAUUCCACCCACAAGCGCUAGGUAUCCAGUGGAUCACGGCGGAACCGGCGGCGGCUCUCUUUCCCUUUCCCUUCUUCCCCAAUUCGUGUAUCCGUGAUUGUAAUCCUAACUGCCACCAGAUUCGUGAGAUAUUGCAAUAGAUCGAGAGAUAUAUCACUGGGUUGCUUACACAGACACAAUCAGUUCAUGGGCAACCUAAACUGGGUAAGUUACCUAGAAAAUAUUAGGCUACUUUCGCUGGGCGGAAAUAAGUUUGAAGGGCAGAUCACUCCAACCCUGUGCAGACUCAUGUACUUGAGGAUACUUGAUUUUUCACAUAACAAGCUUUCAGGUUCUCUGCCAGCAUGUGUUGGUAAUAUCUCUUUCAAAGGUGAUAGGGACGAUGCAAUUUUUCAGUCAGUAUAUGAGAGUAAUAUGUAUGACUACUUCAGUGGCUAUGACUUAAGAGGCUUCACCUUUGCUACCAAAGGAAAUAUCUACACGUAUGGUCGCAAUGUCUUCGAUUCAAUGGCUGGCAUCGACUUAUCUGCAAACAUGCUGGACGGAGAAAUUCCCUGGGAGGUAGGAAAUCUAAGCCAUAUCAAAUCCCUUAAUCUGUCAUACAAUUUUUUUAUUGGCUCAAUCCUGGCGACCUUUGGUGGCAUGGAGAUAGAAAGCUUGGACCUCUCCCACGAUGAGUUGAGUGGACCAAUACCCUUGCAGUUAACCCAGCUAUCAUCAUUGGGUGCAUUCUCUGUGGCAUACAACAACUUGUCAGGAUGUAUACCAAACUCUGGUCAGCUAGGCUUCGACAUGGAGAGCUACCUAGGUAACACCAACCUUCACCAGAUUACACAGGGGAACAUGUGUGCUGCUCCCAGUCCAGAUCCUGCUGCGGCGAAAGAAGUGGAAGAGACGACCAGUGACCCAGUUCUAUAUGUGAUUACAGCUGCCGGCUUUGUGUUGGCAUUUUGGGCCACUAUUGGAUUCUCGUUUUUCCAUCCUUACGGAAGAUCAGUAAUGCUCAAGAUGUAG